AUGGCAUUACGUCGUCUCUCACUUGUAUUCCCGGGACAAGGUAGCCAAUGCGUAGGCAUGGGGAAGGACUUGCUUGUAAACUGGCCGCGUCUUGUCAGUAAUGUCCUCGAGGAGGCCAGCGAGGUCACGGGACUUCAUUUGCGACGACUUAUAACGGAAGGGCCAGCUGAUGAGCUUAUACUGACACACAUUACUCAACCAGCUCUGCUGUCAAUGUCCGUGGCGGUGCUGCGAGUAUUACACAAUGAAAUGGAGCUACCACCUGUGCACUUUGCUUUGGGUCAUUCACUGGGUGAGUACUCGGCGUUAGUGGCGGCGGAGGCUAUGGAAUUUGCCGAUGCAGUACGUCUCGUGCAUGUCCGCGGUUUAGCCAUGCAACGUGCUGUUGCUCCUGGCGUAGGGGCCAUGGCUGCUUUGAUGACCGUCCAACCCAAAGACGCUGAAUUAUUGUGUCAAGAGGCUGCAAGUAGUACUGGAAGCGUUUGUCAAGUGGCCAACUACAAUUCGAGCAAGCAGACGGUGAUCAGUGGCGAUGCACGGGCUGUCAAUGUCGCUAUCAGUCAAGCAAUAGCUACCAAGAAAGCACGACGAGCAAAAUUGCUGAACGUAAGUGCUCCUUUCCACUGUGUACUCAUGGAACCAGCAAAACGGGAGCUACAUGAGCAUCUACAGCAACUACUACACGACAACAAGCUGCACGAGCCCAAGGUACCAGUGGUAUGGAACGUCGAGGCAAUGGCAAGUACAAAGACAAUCAACGAGAUCGCACAAGUGCUAGAAGAGCAGGUCGUACACGCUGUUCGCUGGAGUGACAGCAUUGACUAUUGCAUGGACAAAGGAGUAGAUCACUUCUUGGAAGUGGGUGUAGGUGGUGUGUUGAGCGGUCUUAUCCGACAGCAAAUUGGCAAGAGUGACGCACUGUGCACGACUUGUGGCACGACGAACGAGAUCAAGUCGUUGGUGAAAAAGUACCAGCAUCAGUGA